AUGCUUCCUAUUGGAGGGACAGCUUUUCUUAGCACUGCAGAGAAACAAAGUUUGGCUAGUGCAGAUAGAAUGGGUGAUGGAAAACAGGGAAAGCACCCUGAUGUAAUGUUUACGGAGAUGUGUGAUGGAAAAUUGUAUGAACUUAUGUUUGUAGAAUGUUCGCACUUGGUCUGCACCAAGAAAAAAAAAGAGAAUGACAAAGUGAAGCUAUGGAGGGAGAUGAAUGAUGGAAUGUAUUUUCUUCAUGGGAAUUGUAGGCCUGUCAAAAAUGAAUUUGGAAUUCUUGGAAUUCAGGUUGCGGGGGAUAUGUUGCACCUUAAUAUACUCAUUAAAGAUGGCAAUGACAUCCACCAUCUCUAUCACUUACACUCUGUCAAAAUUCCGGUGCAGUUAUCUAAUAGUGAAGAUGUAUUUCAAUUAGUGGAGACAUUAUUGAUAUUAAGGAAUAUCAUGAUUGUUAACGUUUUGUUACUAUUACAUGCACCAAUAGCUAGAUCAGUGCAUCAAAAGAAAUGA